AUGCACUGGGCCUGCAAGCGAGGCGAUGAGAAUUUGGUCAAGUUACUGGCCGGAGCGGCUCGUCAUUUAGUCAAUGAACGAUCGGGAUAUACACCACUUCACAUUGCAAUGCAGUUUCGCCAUGAAAAUGUGUACAGGCUCCUGGUUGAAGUGUAUGAUGCUGACCCAAACGUCCGCGACUGGUCUGGAAGAAAACCGAGGCAGUACCUAGUUCAUAUGGAUACCUCAUUAUCACCUGGAUGCUUUCGAAAAAAAGAGGGAUUUUUACGCAUCGGGUCCCUUAAUGUUCGUGUGAAGAAAACAACCGAGGCGUUCAGCAAUUUCCUAGGUGUGGGAGCGACCAGGGCGUCGGCUUAUAUACCCAAGUCUGCGAGGGACCGCGAGGAGAGGAGGUCUGAUGAUGGAGAGCUGCACAAGACUUGGGGCUCCGCUGAUAACAUUCCAAAAGAAGAUCACCUUAUGCCGCCACCUAUGAGCAGCAAAGUGAGGCGUCGCGGUGCUAGCGGACGCAAGGGGAUCGGCUCGCACAGCCGAAGCACGCCAUCUACCCCGGACCAGCCCCGAGCCCAGAUUGGGGUGAGCGAGGAAGGAGACUCCGACUCGGACUCUGCAGCCGGCUUCCAUGCCGCGUGGAGGCAGCAGCGGGCAUCCAACUACACAUAACCAGGAUUCAAGAUCGUUCAGAUCACCAAUCUUGACAAAAAACAACUGACACCCGCGCAGGAAUGGCCCUACAACUGAGAAAUGGAGUUCCAGAUAUUUUCCUCCCCAUAUUGAUGACCCAGAUUUGACUACACAUUUUUUCGACAUCUAAAACGCCGUGAGAGGAGGUACCUGAGAGUUUCUACCCGCUGUCCAACAACUUCGCUCGUCAAUCGAGAGUUCUACUCAACAUUGAAAAGUGCAGCGUCGUACUUCAAGGAUCUCAUUUUACCGACUUUCGCUGAUUUAGAUUCAAAAUUCUGAAGACGACACCGGCAUCGUUUCGACAACAUUCCGAUCAAACUCAUAUUUAAGUCUCGUAUUAUUUUAUUCGUAGAUAUAAGUUUAUCAAUGUGUAGUCGUAUCGCGUAUUUAAGAUAUACUAUUGGAAGUAUUCAUCUUUUUCAAUGAAUUCAAUUUAUGAAUUGAUUUGUUGUUAAAAUUGUUUAUUCAUACAUGUAGCCAUAGAAUAGAAACCCGCAAGAAUACUUGUAAGUUUUAUGUAUAUUAUUCAAUUCACAGAAUGGCAUCAAGAGUGCCUUAUGCUGCUUACUUUAUAAAUAAACUGGUUGAAUUCAUGUUUGUGUAGGCCGAGUAUGUUUUAGAAGUUAAAACAUCGUACUAAUUGAUUUGGCAAAGAACAAAAAUGACGCUACACAACAUAAUAUCGAUCAACAUGGAAUACAUGUCGGGCGCAUUCGCCCAGGAGAUAUCUCUCGUAUUUGAUUACACUUGACAUGAGGCUUUCUUGACUCAGAUCAAAGGACCUUCUUCAUUCGAUUUACUUAAAAUGUAAUUGUAAAACGUUCAGUUCAAUCCACUUUGCUUUGUUUUUUUCGUCUUCAUUAACUAUUAUCUUAUAAUUCCCACGUAUGGAUUGUACGUAGCGGGAUUAGGCACCCCAAUAUAUUGUCAAAAUGAAUAUAGGUACUAAUGAAGUACACGUCUCGUAGGGCGUUGAUAAAUUGAUGUUAUAUGCUGCGUAUGCAUUAGAUGCUUACUAGUAAAAAUUUGAUGUGAUGUAUUUGUAAUUUUAAGAUACUAGCUCUGAAAGGUAUAUCUUCUAUAAUCUUAUAAGUAUUUAAUGUUUAUUAACUAAACACUAAAAUUUUUGAGAUACUUAGUAAUUCAUAUUAUUAUGGCUAUUUUUAGCAUAAAGUCUGCGACUUAAAAUAUCUUCUUUUUCGUCUUUUCUAAUAACAACUUGUUAUAUUACUCUUACGGCUCGUAUAUUAAUUCUCAUUUUUCUUUGUAAUUGACUGUAGUUCAAUAACAUUUAGUAUUUUCUAAAGGGGACAUCGGUCUCGUAAAUAUUUACUGAAUAUUUCCUGUGUAACCCAUUUUAAUAUAUUACAUCAAAAAUAUUAUCUUAUCUAACUACAUCAUGAUGCAUUAACGAAGUCUUCAUGAAAUUUAAAUUUUUCUAUAUUUUUUAAAGUACCUACUAAAAUUAUUUAAUCAAAUCUAAUAAAAAAAUAUUAUACUCAAAAGUUUUAUUUUAUAAGAAAAAAUAUGCAGUAUGUUUUGAGCUGAAACCCAGAGAUGUGCAUUUAAAUGAAAAUGGCAUAUUAUAGCUAGUGCCAAUUAAUUCAAAGGGCACACACAAAUUAAAAGACGGGCACUGAUAAAUUAUUACAUUGGUACAAAAUUUGAUAUAAUAAAUAUUUAUAUUUAUGAAAUUUAAUCGAUUAAAAAACGUUGCCACUUAGUCAUCGGGGCUAGCAUUAGUUAAAAAUAUGGAGAGAUUAUCACCUUUCAUCAUGGACAAGUAGUGCAAAAUUAACUCGUAACAGCCCCAGAUUUAUUCCGCGCUUAUUAUUGUGGCAAGCUUAGAAAUUUAGACUGUCGAAUCUAAAACAAACUAUGAAGUACAGCGCCUAGUUAUAUAAUUACCACAAUUCCAGCACAUUUAAAAAUUUUGCUCAUAAAAUUUCAAUAAAUAAAUUUUGUAUCUUACCAAAACUAGAUCAAGUCUAAUGAUUAUAUUUCGCCCAUUAGCUAAGCUUCUUCGGUCAGAGUCAUACCUUAUACAUAUAUAAAUACGAAUGAUAUUCCAUUCGUCGUGUAUUUAUCUAUAAAACAUUACAGUGUGCCUUUUACAAUUAUAAAUUGUGUAACCAUUUUGUAUUUAAUCCAAACCUAUAUCUAUUUCAUAUAUUUUUAAUACGAGUUAUGAACUUCAAAAGUGUAACCUUUUAGACAUUCGGACAUUAAAUUAUAUCACUUUAUGUUCUUUUUUGAAGGAACAAAAAAUAUGUUAUUUCUCUAAGUAAGGUAGAUUUUCUUAUAUUAUUAUUUAGAUUAAGAAACAUAUUAUAGGUAUAGAAGAUACGUGUGGCCUGAAACUAUAUUGUGUAGAAUUCAUAGAUGUUAUUUGCUAAGCGUGUAGGAUUAAUACGGUAUUUUAUAUGCCUGUAGAAUAUACAAAAUAAUGUGUAACAAAGCGAUAACUGUAAUUAAUUAGGAAGGGAUAGUAAGAGUAAUAUUUAGUUGGGUGCAUCAUGUAUAUUUCACACCCAACUUAUAGCAUAUUUGCGUGACUGUAUUUCUAUGCUUUAUGAAAUGUCGUAAUAUUCUACGACGCGGCGUUGACUAGCGACGCCUGAUAGGAUCUCGCUUACAUUGACAUCGAAUUGCUUAACAAUUCUAGUAAGGAUAUUUAUGUAGCUUAUAAGUCGACUCUUUAGCAGUCUAUAGUUAUAGUGCGUCUCUCAGCUUUUUUAAAAUAAUAAUAUUUAACCAAGAUUUAUAAUAAUCUAUAUAGUAUUAAGAAUCAGUAGCGUGUAAAAUCCACGUGUUGUCGAAAUAACAAACUUAUUAGGUAAGAGAACAUUCCCCUCAAAUAUACAUAACACAUCUUGUGGGUGAUAAAUUUAAUAGUAUAGUAUAGUGUUUCUAACGAUAUGGUAGUUUCUAAUCAUAAAUAUCUAUUUGCCUAAGUCUUUAGCUGAUUACUACUUUAUUUACUAUCUCAACGUCUUCUUUUAACAAAUUAACGGCAUCAAUAUUGUGUUAUUGUGAUCUAAGGCUGCAUAAUGUGGCAUACAAUAACAUAUUAACUAGUAAUUUAUAUUUAAACAAUUCAAUCCCCGUCUCUUCUCAUAGAUAUAGUAAAGGUUACUAAGGGUUACAUUUUAUAAUAUUUAUCUGACUUCAUAUCUACAUUUUGUUGUACUUAUUACCUUUUUAACUCUCUUCAUUAUACUCAUGACAUAUCCCAUAAGAACUAAUACAAAAACACAUAAUAUGAGCAGUGCUAUAUGUCCCAAAACCAUGUAACUAUCUAAAUAUGUCGUGAUAUCACCAAAGCCUCUCUAAUCUUUACCUUUGUAAAAACAUCAGUUUUCAGAAUUUGUCACUCUUUGAUGUCACGAAUUUAAAUUUUAAUUAAUGCUACUUAUCAAUUUCUAUUUUCAUCUUUACUUCAUUGCAAUUAAAAAUAAAAUAAUAAUAAUUGUAAGAGGUAAUCCUUUUCGUUUCUUGUAUCAUUCAACAAUGUAGAUAUGUAUUAAAGCCAGUCAAUGUCUACAUAAUUUGAAACUAUAAACUCAUGAAUUUGAAAUUACGAGCACAUAUUAACUGUCAAUAGCAGACGAGUAGCUAAAUAUAAUUUGUAACUGCACUAUUACACAAAAAUAAAUCGUUGGAUCUUUAAAAGUUAACUUCAAAGAUAUCCAACCAACAUUUUUUUUUAAUACAUGAACAUUCAAUUGCACCAACAUCAAGUAUAAUGGCACUUACAAAAUCUAAUUCUGGGAAGGUUAUUUUGUUUCUUCGAAUCAAAACUCACUCUGAUUUCAUUGUCAACGCCUAUUUUAUGUAACCUUUACUGUACUUAUUAUUUAUUAAUUUCAUGUAUUCGGUGUCUUGUAACGGCACAAUUUCCGUAAAAAUCUUUUUAAAAUAGCUACCUGUAUUUCUAGGUAAAACUUGCAAAAUAUUUCAGCUGUCAAGAUAGUAAAUAUUAUUCAUGUUAAUCUCAAUAAUAAUUGUCACAGAAAAAUAAUAAUAAUAAACAACUCCGUAUUUUUAGGGAAUCGCGAUAAUGGUACAAGUACAAAAACAAUUAGAAAUAAUUCCUUUGUAUAUUGAAUAAAAUUUGAGAAAAGUGGGUAUUAAUAAUAAGCUUUCAUAAAAUACGAUUUGGAUCGUCGUGUUUCAACUCUCAUUCAGAUAUCAAUUGAAAGUUAUCAAACAAUAAAAAAAAAUCUUGCAAUUCUUUUAGGGUUGAUGACGUUGAGUUCCAAUAUUUUACAUCUGCGUUUUGUUAUUUAGAUUUUUGGUUACAUACCUACUUAUAAUGAUUUACUGUUGAGACAAUUAUACAUGCGUAGCCACUGUGUGGCUCUCGGUGGUAAAGAAUAAGGCCAACCCUUUCUUCUCGUGGGUGUCGUACGAGGCGACUAAGAGUACGUCAUACACCCAGGGGGUGGGUUGCAGCAUCCCUUGGGCACCACCUGUACGUGGAAGAGGUGUUUGAUUACUUAUAGCAUUGACAUUUAUUAAUACAAAGCCUUGUUUUGUAUAUUUUUAAUCAAAAGGAUUUUUUUCGAAAAUUUCGACAUUAUUCGCUCUACAAUCCAGCUCAAUCAAAAAUAAUUUUUGGUCAGUUUCAAUUUUUAAAACAAUUGUUAGGUUUUAUAAAAAUCUUACUAUAACUACCUGACCAUUUAAGCAUUGUAAAUGCUUACCCAUUAUUAUAUUUUCGAAUUAAUAAAAUAUACACAUCAAAACCAUCGAUGUGUUCGAAGAAAUGAGGGGACAGUAGGUGCAUAGCUCGUAGAGCUGUUGGCUUUGGGGCAGUAAAGUUCUUGGCGACUACGGACCGGAAGGAAGACAAGUGUUGGCAGGUUUCCCUGUAGGUGGACCAACGAUCCGGUGAAAGGAACAUGAAAACAAGCUUCUGUAGUAAUUAAUUUCAAUGCUAUAAUAAUAAAACAUCUAAUUCACGCCCAACCUGCAACACCACUCAAACUUAUUGGGUGGUGUUUUUAUUUUCCUUAACUUUGUUUUAUUAGCUUUUGUUGUUUUUAUACACGCGUUUAUAAUUGCCUCAACUAAUGUUCAUUUAAAAUUAUUUGAGAGUUGAAACCUAUUUUAUCGACAUUUUAUUAUGUAUCAAGUAGUAAUUGGUAUAUUUUAUUGCUUUUUAGUAACUAACUUAAUUAUAUAAGUCAACAUAUUUAUUAGAAGUAAUAUUUAAGAACUAGAAUUAAGGAUAUUCCUCAGAAUGAUGUACAAUAGGUUAAGGAAAAAAUUGCAGAUACUUGUACAUUGAAAAAUCUGCAUAGUUUUAAGUUAGCUCUUAAUGUAUGAUGCUGCACCAUUGCCAAGCUACAAAUUAAGAAAACUAAAUGUAUGGCCUAGAUUACUUUCUUAUUACAACAAUAGACAUUUAAAACAAAUCAAUCAUUUAGGUCGAAUGUAAUAACUAAUUUAAGAUGAGAGGGUUGAUGAAACAAAUUAAUCGUAUUGACAAUAUUAUUAUUUUUAAACUGGAACGGAACUGAUGAUGAUGAUAACUAAUGAUUUUGUUUGGAUCAAAAUAUCUUGCAAUUAAUUAUAUUCGGGCUAAUUUUAAUAGGUGUAACUAGUUUUUGGCCGCGGCUUCAUCCGCAUCGAUUUCACAAAGAAUGUCUUGCACGUCAUGCGAACAAAAACACAGACGUAAAUCUAUACCAUUCUAAGACAUUCUUUACCAAAGCAUUUAUAUACAUUUUCUUAAUCCUAUAAUUAGCCCUACCUUUCCUAUAUAUAUUAUUAUGUCAUCCUUCCAGUUUUUUGUAAGCAAAUUUUGUUAGCUAUCUGUACCAAAUUCAUCAACAUUACUUUUAUGUUUAUUAUAAUACAAUUGAUUACAGAUUUCGAUGAGAAACGCAAUUUCUUGUCUUGGCGUUACAAAAUUUUUACGUACUUACAGAUAUUUAAUUUUUACAAAAGAUGCUUUUUGUUGUCUCAACUUGAAUUGUUGUCAAUACGCAUUUGUUUGCAGUAACGCCCUUUCUUUCAUUUAUCCAAAUUUUAAAAACAUAAUGUUAUCGCACUUUAGGUAGAACAAGGGCACAAUUUUAAAAAAUAAUACUCAUAAAAUUUAUUUUAAAAAAAUUAAUCGUUUCUUGUGAACAACUUGGCUAAAAUAAUGAUCAUCUAUACAUAUUUUAUUUCAUGCAUCUGAAAACAAAAUAAAAGUAAUAUUAGCAGAGUGAAAGAGAAAAAAAUACUUUUCUGACAAUUAUAGAAACCUCAGUUACGCUCGUGUUCUACCGAAGUUACGAUAAACGUCACUUUUAUUUAGGGUUAUUUUUCGGAAUUUGAGACCCAUUCAUCAAUAUUGCCGUCUUUGUAUCCGUAGGCCUCACAGCACAUGUUAACAUCUGUGUGUUCAGAUCAUCAAAGGUCUCAAAAUCUCAACGUAGAUACAUAUAAUUACUAAGGAGGUGCCACUUUUUAAUUGAAAAAACUCAUUAACUUUCAAAAAUUUAAGCAAGUAGGUACGUUGAAUUCUAAUAAUUAUGUAACUUUGGGAAAAUUAUUUUUAUGAAAAAAUUACAUAUUAUCAAGCAGAUUUGUUUUACCCUACUGUUCCAGGAGGGUCAUUACUACAGUUUACUAUGUUGUUCACGUUACAUGGUGUUCUAUUUAUUUUCUUUAAGUAAUUAAUUAUUCUCAUGUUACUUAGUUUAUUUCGAAAAUUGUUUCAGAAUAAGGGAGUUAUAAUAAUUUUCAAUUUUUGGCAAACAAAAAGUGGAACUUCAAUGGCUAGGUCGUAAGAUUUUUUGUUGUUUAACAUUUUAUGUUGUGACCAACAGUCACGUCGUAGAUUUCAUAGGUUUUUUGAGAGAAUAUAAAAAAUAAUUCUCCACAGUCUUGCGCUUCGACUAAAUCAGAAUAAAACAGUAGCAUGUACAGUAUUCGUACUUAGGUUUAAUAGAGGGAAAACACCGAUAACAUAUUGUAGCCAAUACAAUACAGUCAACACUAAAUAGUACUAGACCUUCAAUUGUGGAGUUUAGAUUAAGGUAUAUUUACUCAAUUAUAUUUAAUCAAUUAGGUAAGUUAAGUCCGUCUUAUAAUGACGAUGUGGGCAAAAAACCUACUUAAUUAGAAUAAGUGACUGGUGAGACAGACUCCCAGCAAUACGCGUACACAGCAUUAUGUAGCAUUUAAGAAUAUUAAUUAAUAUUAAAAAUUAUUACUAUUUAAUCACAUUAGAUUUUAGGAUUAUCGAGGAUCGGGCCGAAGUCCACUCGUAUAGAUUUAAUGAAAUAAUCAACAUUAAUAUUUACUCUUCUUAGCAUAACAGUAAAAUUCUUAUAGCCCGUACGAUUUAGCUAGCACAUUCGACAUCAAAUAAAAAAUAUCGUUAUAAAACAAUCUAAAUAACAAGAGCCAUUUUCAAAUUAAAUUCCAAUUCCAAUAAAAAGGUGUACCAAUUUCAAAAAUAAAUUUUAUAAUUAAUUCUCUGUCAGUCUAAAAUCAUAUUCGAACCACACACAUCGAAAUAAAAUAAAAAAUAACCCCAUGUCUUUCUGACGCACGCAUUAACAAUUUUCAUUCAAUUUUAACUUCACACUAUUUAUCAGCCUUUGGGGUUAGGGUUGCCAGGUUCAGAAACACAAAAGCCGGACUUCUCGCGUAGUUUGGCCGGACAUUCAUGGAUGGUGUACAUGAGGCGGUACAAUUCAUGGAUGGUGUCCAUCUUUUAAGCGGUCUUCCUCUGCCGCACAUGUUAUUGCGGGGUCCCCACUCCAAGUCUUUGGCCCAGCGAUGUGUGGUACAAUGGGUCCUGCCCAUCUCCAUUUACGGCUCUCAAUCUCUUCCACCACGUCGCUGACCCCCGUCUCUUCUCUGAUCCACUUGUUUCUCUUCUCUAUCUAACUAGGCCAUAAAACCACUCGAUUCCGAAAAUCAGGUUUCUGAAGUAGGCAAACAGCCAUGUUCUGCGCUCCAAGAAAAUUGCUCAACACCUAAAAGGUGUUCAAUCAGCGUGUUCUACCGGUCUUCGUGUAUGGGAUGGAGAGGACGGAAACCACGUCGCUGGCAGAAAAGUCUGCUGUCUGUCUGCUUGAAGUCUUCGUGUAACGAGCAAUGGAGAUGUCUGUCUGCUAGAAAUCUUCGUGUAGCCAGCAAUGGAGAUGUCUGCUGAAGACUCCACGUUGCACAACGAGCAAAGGAAAAGUCUGCUUGGAGACACCGCCUUACACAACGAGCAAUGGAAAGACAGAUACUUGGCGUUUGUCUCUAAGGCCACAAGAGAAACGAGUGGAUCAGAACUUACACUCUAUGUCACAUAAUUUUGAUAUUUGUUCGUGGCAUGUGGUGUGCCCUAGAUAGCACCACCCCAUCUCCCCCCGCGGGUUUCAUAAGAAGUGACUAAUGCUUUAACCACACCAACGCGUGCAGAACGCCAUCGCCGGCGCGAUCACGGCGCGGUCAUACACUGCCAACCCUGCCAAACAUGACGAUUACGUCAAAUACCACUUUUUAACUAUUCGAUCCGACGACAACAAACUACAUAAAAAAUAAAUAAAUAGCUGUUUGUCUCGAAAAUCGUACUUAACAUAUUUCUGAUAACAAAUCCGCUCGUUUUUUGGAAUGUCUCUUAAAAACAACACGUUAGUUAAUAUUCCCUUCGAUUAAAAUACAAUCACCAAUCAUCGUCAAAUCUAUUCUGAUACUUUCAGAUUUCUAACAU